AUGGCCCUGGCAAAGAUAAUAAAACCAGAUAACAAACCGGUCACACCCCUUGAGGAGGAAAUUGCGCAGGCAAUUACCGACCUACAAGUUCAUGAUGAAUGGUCGGACGCGAUGAAGCUUCUUUAUUUUUGUGAGGCCAAGGAAAUGAUGAUUGGGCGUGAGAAGGCGAUCGUCAUCUACGUCCCUGUGCCUCAGUUGCGCACUUAUCAGAUGAUUCAUAACCGAUUAGUUGGAGAGCUUGAAAAGAAGUUACGUGGUCCCCAUGUUGUUCUCGUAGCCUUUCGCCGCAUCCUUCCAAAACCAAAAAGGAAGUCUAAGUUCAACCCCAAGCAGAAGCGACCUCGAAGCCGAACACUGACGUCUGUCCAUGAUGCCAUUCUCAAGGACCUGGUUUAUCCUGCGGAAAUUGUGGGGAAGCGCACACAAGUCCGAUGUGAUGGGAGCACACUCAUUAAGUGCCACUUGGACGUGGCCCAGAGAAAUUAUAUUGAGCACAAAUUGAAGACAAUUACAGGUUUGUACAAGAAGCUGACGGGCAAGGAUGUACAGAUCGAGUUCCCCGAUUGGGUUUUGUGA